AUGAAAGUAUACGGAAGAAGUGGGAAGGCAUCUCGUGUGUCAAUAAAUGGAAAAUUACAAUCUUCCCCUGUUGAGGACAACGAUAAUAUAGAAUUCAGCAGUGAUGAUGAAAAUAAAAGCACAUCACGACAAUCUAGUGACACCUUACAGACAACCCUAGAUACAAUUCAUAGAAAUGGUCCAUCAUCCGACCAAGGAAAGCACAUUAUUGAGCAAGAACAUGGUCUCGAAUUUAAAGAGGGGAAACGAAAAUCUGAAGCAGUUGCUGUAGGUAAGAGCGAUGCAUUUGCAUUUUUAGAGAUAGAAUCGAAAGGUAGCUUGAAAAGAAGGAAGACUAAUUAUCGAAGAAGUAAAAGGGAAGAAAAUUAUCAAGAAAGUGGCACUAGUUCACCUGCAAUGGAAGACGGCAUCAACGGAAUAUAUGAAAAUAUUAAUGACGUUAACGAGUAUAUUAAUUCCCUAAAUGAUGACGGUAGCCUCGUAGAAAAGUUCGUAAAGGAACAUUUAAUGGUUUUUGAUACUAAUGCUAAAGAAAAUCAGGCAUUAAGUGAUAAAUCUGUGCCAGGAGCUACAUCGAAAAAGUCAUAUGGUCGGUUAAGAACGAUAUUAAUAAACAAAAAUGAGGAUGAGGAUAUCGAAGCACUUUCUGAGACUGAGCUUCAAAACAGAGCUAUUGCAACGGAAGAAAAGAAAUCAACUAAAAAUAAUGACUUAACUCAUUUCAACGAAUUGAAGAAUAUGGGUACAUCUUUAAAAUAUCGAGAUGACUUGGAUUUUCUUCAAAGAAAGGAGAUGGGUACGAUAGAAUAUAUUUCAGCCCUAGUAAACUUUUGUAUAACGUUACAUACAGAUGAAGAUUUCAAGAAGAUCGUUAUGGAAUUGGAUAUUGACACGAUUCGAGAUUGGUGUUUUGAAAGUUAUCCAGAAGGCUUACAAUCUUCCACGCUUGAAAUCAUAUACCUAUUACAAGGGUAUUUAAUAACAACUUUAGGGGUCUUAGGCAAGGAAGAGGAGACAAACAAUCAGCAAUUACAAAAUCUUCUUAAUGGACUGCCGAAGCUUAAGGCCUUACCAGAUCUUUCGAUUUUGAAUAAACAUAAAAUGUUGAAGUUGCAAUUAAAUGACUUUAUUCAGUUUACUGAUGGUACUACGGGAUAUGAUUACAGCUUAAGAACUAUGAAAAAGUCAGAACGAUAA